CCUUUACUGUGUAGUAGUAGCAUUGCAUAAUACAAGCCUGUUGCGGCAGUAAAUACAUCACAGGGUUUUUCUGACCUGGAAAUUCCCCUGUUGUGCCACAAGUACACUGAGAUAUCCGUUGGCUGCUCCUUGCAAGCAUAAAAAGCCACGCGACUUCAGUAAGAGUGUUAAAGCGGAACACUGGAUCCACCUGAGAGAAGGAUGACCACGGGAAGGCCAAUAACCAUCUUAUUACUUGGGAUUUCUAUCAGCCUUCUAGCUGCAAAUGGCACACAGCAAUGUAGAAUAGAAAAGAACUGGGCGUACUGUAGUGGAAGAUCUUUAGUACAGGUGCCACCAUUGCCCCCCAAUAUUACCCAUGUGGACCUCAGUUUAAACUACUUUCAUAAUCUCAGUGAAGAUUCUUUCAUAGGCCUGGAGAGCCUUGUGCAUCUCGACCUUGGAUCACAGCGUGUCAGAGGUCUCGUCAUCAAGAAUAACACUUUCAGAGGACUGUACAACCUAACGUUUCUUCACUUGGGGGACAACAGGGGAAUGCAGAUUGAGACGGAUGCAUUUCAGGGCCUGUCAAACCUCCGGACUCUUGUUCUGUUGCACUGUGACCUUGAUGAGCGCAUUCUUUCAGGCAACUAUCUGCGGCCUCUGCUCUCCCUUCAGGAGCUGAACCUCUUUGGCAACAACAUAAAGCAAUUCACACCAGCUAUGUUCUUUAGAAAUAUGACAAAUCUCAGUGUUUUAGAUCUCUCCAUUAACCGAAUGAAAUCUAUAUGUGAGAGCGAUUUAGUUGCCUUUCAAGGUAAGCACUUCAGGCUGCUCAGUCUGUCCUCCGUUCACCUGACUGACAUGAAUGCGUGGACUUUUAACUGGACAAAAUGUGGAAACCCCUUUAAGAACAUGUCAUUUGACACUCUCGAUUUAUCACUUACGGGACUGAGCACCAAUAAAGCAAAAUUGUUUUUCUCUGCUAUUCUGGGCACCAGGAUUAACCAUCUGAUUCUCCGUUCAAAUAUCAUGGGUUCAGGAUUUGGGACCAGCAACCUCAAGGAUCCAGAUAGACUCACAUUUGAACCUCUACAAUUCAGUGGCAUUAAAUCCAUUGACCUGUCCAGAAACUUUAUCAAUGUUAUAAAGAACUCUGUUUUCACACCGUUGGCUAAUUUGUCAAGCAUAACAAUGACAAGUAAUAAGAUAAACUCUAUAGAGAAAAAUGCAUUUCUUGGCCUGACAGAUUUACAAAAGCUAAACCUCUCUCAUAACCUCUUAGGAGAAAUUUAUUCCCAUACAUUCAUGAAUCUGCCCAAUUUGAGAAUUCUAGAUUUGUCACAAAACAACAUUGGCGCGCUUCAGUAUCUAUCCUUCCUUGGGCUUUCAAAUCUACGCUUUUUAAAUCUCACAGGAAAUUGCCUGUUGUCAGUGUACAAUCUCUCCCCCCUGCCCAGUCUGCAAGAGCUGCACCUGGAUGAUAACAAAAUUGCAUCAGUGGAUGGACUACAGACUACAGUGAACAGUGCAACCACAGUAUCUCUCAAUAAAAACAGACUGGACAAUAUGCAGGAUUUAUUCACCAUACUGGCUAAUUUCCCCAAUGUUACACAAAUCAGUGUUGGGGACAACUUAUUAUCCUUUUGUUCCACUAGUUCAAAGAGUUCAAUACCAUCUAGUAACAGGAUGAGAGAGCUUCAUCUGCAAAACAAUGCUUUGCAGUUGAUAUGGGAAAGAGGACAUUGCCUGCAUUUAUUUGAUCAGCUCAGUGAACUGUCAUUUCUGUCUUUAAGUUUUAAUUUACUAGAGUCCCUACCAGAUGAGCUAUUUAAAGGCCUGUCCUCUCUCUACAGUUUGGAUUUGUCCCACAACUCUCUAACCCAUCUUCCAGAGCGCAUAUUUCCAGGGAGUCUGAAAGUGCUGGACCUCUCCGACAACUUCCUCAGUAGUCCGGAUCCAGGACUCUUUCGUUCUCUCAGUGUCAUUGACCUGAAAAAGAACCGUUUCUCCUGUGACUGUGACCUGAGGGCUUUUCUUGUUUGGGCAAAACAGGCCAAAGCAACUUUGUUCACUCCGAUUUCGCAACUGUACUGCAAGUUCCCCAAAGCACAGCGUGGUGUUGCAAUCGCAACCUUCACCACCCGCUCAUGUGACCAGUGUCCCUGCAACUGUCCCUGAAACAGGAUUUGACUUUAGAGAUCACAGAGUCGGGUCGAGCUGUUAGUCCUGCUUUAAUGUACAGCAUUAUCUUGAAGACUAUACUACAGGAAGUCAAAAUAAUAAGCAAGAAGUACAAAAUAGAUAUCAAGUAUUUGUUGUAUGUCCUGUGGCAAAUGGAGAAUCAGGUCAGACAAGUUCAUACUGGUGAUAUCAAAAACAAAGUAAAUAACCAGAGGAAAUGCACAAUGUCUAACAACUAUUUAUUGAUUAUUAAUGAUUUGUAUAUGUAAAUGUAGUCUAGCCCUCCCAAACACAUAUUUUGUUGAGACUAAAUAUAUUAUAACGUGCAGAAAGAUAUAUAUUUUUUAUCAUAAUGGAAUUGAGAAACUUUGGAAAGGUGUAGUAAAAAGAAUGUUAUGUGAAGGAUUUUUUGCCUUUAUAUCACUAUAUGCUAAAGAAUGUUUCUGAAAGGAUGUAUUGUAACUGCAUAACAUAGGCCUACUGAUGUAUUGUAAGUAUUUAUGUGAGUGUUGACACCUACCACUAGGUGGUAGUAUCUGUAAAUUAAAGACUGGCACCAUUAAAAAAAUAAAACCAUGAAA